CUCGUCCAAACACACCGCGUUGCCCGUCUCUGGAAGUCCAAGUUGCAUAUUACAAAGAGAAGAAUAGGCAUUUCAAGUGCACGUCAAGUUAAUAUGCAUCAUAAUUGCAACGCCUGCAUUCCAGCUUUGCAAUCCAAACAAAGGCUUACCUUUGUCCUCAGUCUUAUACAACGACUGUAGAUAUAUUCCUCUGCCAUAGUCAGCUGCGACUCAGUCCCAUCCAUCCAACUCGCUUCUUGCCUUACAUAUUUACAUAGUCAUCCAUUUCUCGCAGAGUUAAUUCCUUUGUGCAUUCGUAAACACCGUGCGAGCAAGUACCAGCACCCCUCAGUCCUCAGCUUACUUAUUCCCCUUUUCUUUGUAAUUCGCACUGCCAUUAGAAGUUAAGAAUCCGUUCUCCCCAGAAAAUUGGGCGAUAUUCCAAUUGUAUACAUCGUGACAAGCCAAACUUCUCCUUUAUUACUCUAUACAGCCUGUGGCUGACUGUGUUUGGAUCAAGUUUCAGCUUCACUUGGUGACUUCAGGUGACUUCUCACCCAUAAAACAAGGCUCUUUUCGACCAGGUUUCAUCUCCCCAUCCCUCACCGCUCCACCCUCCUCUCACACGGGCUUUCCCCUUCCCUACCACCUCACCCUCUCAGCACUCCAACACACCUUUUCAGCGUUCUAACCUUCAACCAUCUCCAGCCAAUCAAGCUAAAACAUUCAUUCUACUCGUUCACCUUUCCCCCAGACCAGUUCUUCUUGAAUUUUAUUCUUUUCAUAUUCCUUCCUUCCCUAGCAACAUGGGUUCACACCUUCUUGCCCCUCUCCAACGAAAAAUCAUUGGCCUGUUUUGCUUAGUCCUGUUUGCUCAAUCCCUAGUAGCGGUUCCCGACGCCAGCUACCACAACUACAAAAGUACACCUAAAAACUCGCACCAAGUUAUCAAGUCCCGAGGUCAAAAUCUAAGACAGACUAAAUUUUCAUACUUGGGUCCAGCCGGUAUCAGAGCCCAUGACUCCCUUACGGCUAAAAUUGAUGGCGUCUAUAUUGGCCUGAUUCCAGAUGCCGGAGAUACCGGCGGCAAUGUGCAAACGAUGCGUGAAAUCAUUAAAUCGAUCAACGGCAAACGACCGGCGGUCUUCGGCUGGUAUGCCCAAGUUUCGGUUCAUAAAGAAUUUGAUGGUAGCCAGCUGUUCGAAAUCCUCGACGAUUUGAAAAAAUCAAAGUGUGUAUUUAGUCCCGCCAUCAUGCCCCAAGGUGGCUGGGCUGGACUAAGACGCGGUGACAAUCAUCAAGCAGUUGCCAUUGCCAAGGUCCUUCGAAAGUUUACCGAUCAAGAGAUUCCAGUGAUCCUUAGAUUUGCCCACGAGGUCAAUUGGUAUCAGCGUACGCACGAAUACCCCGGUAAUGCCGCCGAUUUCAAGGAGGCUUGGGCUGUCCUUGCCGCCGCUAUUCGGGAGCACGCUCCAGAUGUUCUUCUUCAUUGGUGCCCGAAUGUAUCAACUAUGGAAGAGUACCGUAAAUAUGCACCCGACAACAUGGACUACACGGUCGACAUCGUCGGAUUUGACUACUACCCCAAGAGCAAGCCCCAACCAGACGAAUUUGUCAAGAAGGCCAAAGAAUUCCACGAUGCCUUUGCCAUCAACGGCAGGAAAUUCGCCAUGGGAGAAGCUGGCCUGCACUACCAGGCAAGCUACAAAGACCGAGUCGAUUGGCUUUCACAAAUGGCCCAUGCCCGAAAGGAACUCCCUAACUUACUUUUCAUCAACUGGUACAACAGCAAGAAGGAAUACGAUUACAAGAUCGCAGGCAACGGCCUAUCCACCACCCUCUUGACAGAGAAACUAGAAUAAACAACUUUCUCCCCUUCAUUCGCCUCGUUAUACUCGUUUUUUUUUCUCACUCUCGUUUUCCCUACACCCUCGCUUGAACUCGUGUCUAUCUCUAGUAGGCUUCGGCCGACCAGAAUCGCUAGAGUUCUUUAUGUUUUGGGUAACAGGGGCCACCGAGUGGCUCAUUGGGCGAGCUAGUCUUGUCCCUUUCACCAUCAACAGGAAGUCGUCUAUCAUUGAUUAGAUACUAAUCUGUCUUGUUCCCGGUGAACAUUUCUUCCCACUCACUGUCCUGUUUUUGUAGCUGUCUCAUUUUUUUCAUUCUUCCGGGUCAACUGUGCCUCUAUCCUACCGUUGUAGUUGAGACAUCACAUCACCCUCCUUGUAUAUAGUUUCAUUGUCUAGCAGUAAAUGUAAUCACAAAAUACAAUAGGUUACAACAAUUCAAACCCGUGAACAUAUGCAGUUUCUCCGGGAGUUCAUCUCCAAGCACUUUCAUGACGCUAGCUGCACGCGCAUUCGGUUCAGGUAGGCUCAUCCUCAC